GUGCCUGUCAAAGGAUAAUGCUUCACGAAGAUUUGACCUACAUGACAGCGUUUUUGCGAACCUCCUAAGGCAGUCACAGGGCGAAACACUGGGAAAGUGACAACAAACCCCAUCAUGGCCCAGCAAGCUAGAAAGCUGUGCUUCGUGACAGUUGGUGCAACGGCUUCGUUUCAUUUUCUUUUGAAGUCGAUACUGGACCCUGGCUUUCUGAGCGCCUUGAGUCAACACGAUUAUACCGAUCUCCUUAUCCAGUUUGGGAAGGACGGACAGCCGCUCUUUGACGAGUUUGCCGCAAAGUACCCUCCUGGCGACCUCAAUCGCCAUGACAUAACGGUGCACGGCUUCGAUUUCAACCAAGCAGGUCUGGACAAUGAAAUGCGUCUAGCUCAAGCUAAACCCGCAGAGAAUCGAAGCAGCGGACUAGUCAUUAGCCACGCAGGUUCUGGCAGCAUUUUGGCGGCACUGAGAUUCGGUGUUCCACUUGUCGUGGUGCCCAAUCCUACUCUUCAGGACAAUCACCAAGAAGAACUUGCCGAAGUACUCCAGGAUGAGGGGUAUGCGAUAUGGGGCGACUAUGGACAGCUGUCUGCAGCCCUCGACCGCGCCGAGGUUUUGCGAAAUAGGAUGCUCAGCUGGCCUCCUGUCUAUGGUACACAGGAGAGACAGCCGCAGGAUUUGGCUGGUGUAGUCUCCGAGGAAAUGGGUUACUUGGAUUAAGUCGUCGGGCGUGUUGCAAUGAUUGUUAAUUGGUCGCUGAAACUAUUUUUCGGUUCUCUGGAAUUAGACAUUGCCUAGGGAUCAUUUACUAGUUAUUUAAUAUUCAGGAAUAAUCAAGGUCCGUUGUCGGAG